AUGGUCCUCCGCAGCAUUGACGAGUACCUAGAGCUCGACCCGGAGGAGGGCACCGACGGCGAGGACGCGCCCGUCGAGGGCGUCAUGACGCGCGUCGAGAUCAGGACCGCACGCGCCGCCGACAGCAUCCGCGACGUCGCGAGCAAAAUGGACAAGGUCUCGGGCCUCCCCGUGGUGGACGAGGGGCAGCGCGUAGUAGGCGUGGUGACGCGGUCCGACCUGCUCGCGCUCGAGACCUUCGACGGCGUGACCGUGGGGGAGGUGAUGAAGUCCCCCGCGGUGACGGUGGCGGCGGGGCGGACGGUGGGCGAGGCGUGCAGCAUCAUGAUUGCGAACAAGGUGCACCGCGUGCCCGUGGUCGACGACGAGGGCCGCAUCGUCGGCGUGCUCUCGCGAACCAACCUCGGCGGCCGCGUCUCGAGAUCCCUGCGCUCCAAGCUCUACUCGUACCCCUCCCGAAGCCUGGAUGCGUACGCGGCGAUGGUGGAGCGCGGGCUGAUCGCGGACACCAAGCAGCUGCUGGAGGGCGAGGCGCCGUCCCCGACGUCGCCGGCGUCGGCGCCCAAGGGGUGGACGGUGUCGUACCUGUACGACGGCGACUGCCCCGUGUGCCGGAACCUGAAGCUGCUGCUGGAGACCAACGACAAGAGGCAAAACAUCUGGUUUGUCAACCUGGCCGACCCGUCGUACAAGUCGUCGGAGCACAAGGGCGUGUCGUACGAGGACGCGAUGGCGAAGCUGCACGCGAUCCGCCGCGACGGGACGAUCUUCGUGGGCCUCGAGGCGCUGAACGAGCUGUACAAGGCGGCGGGCAUGGGCUGGGUGGCGGCGCUGUCGACCGUGCCCGGCGUGGGGUGGCUGGCGAAGAAGCUGGUCGACCUGGUGUCCGCGCUGCGGCUCCCGAUGAUGGGCCAGAGCAUGCAGAGCCUGCAGGCGCUGAAGAAGCUCGACGACGAGGCCAAGGGCACGAACAAGUGCAGCGAGGACACCGAGUGCGAGCUCGACUGGGACGAGCUGUACGGCGACGACGGCGGCGAGGACAUCGAGGCGCUGCUCGCGGACGACGACCUCACCGAGGAGGAGAAGAUCCUCCUGCAGCAGAUGGAGGAGGACGCCAAGGGCGCCAAGUGA